AUGUCUCUCAUUCUAAACUGGCUCCUGACCAUUACCCUUUUGGCUGGUAUGGUCACUCUCCUAGUUUCGAGCUUUUUAAAUGUCUAUGCGAUGGAGAAAUACGAGGUCAAGAUGCAGGAACCGGUGGAUCGCAGCUCAUCGUACAUUGCUGAGAUCAUCGACGCAAUUGGCACAGUGUCAUCACUCGGUCGUGAAGCGGAGGUGCUGAAUCACUUCGACGAAUCUAGCACGCUGAGCCGCUCGUUUAUGCCUAAUCUUGUCUGGGGCAGUGUAGCCUACGGAUACACUCAGUUUGCUCUUUGUGGUAUUGCUGGUUUGAUGAUGUACUGGGGAAUUUUCGUUAUGAACGAAGGCAAAGCUACUAUGCAGACAGUUUUGUCUGUGUUUGAAAGUGUGUUUGUCGCCGUAUUCGCGUCGAUCCGUCUCGGCACAUUCAUGCCUGACCUGGCUCGAGCACGCUUUGGCAAGCGUGUUAUUUCAGGAUGGAUGCAGCGUGUCCCUGAAGUGGCAUCUACGCGGGAACGUGUAGUUUGGCCCCCGAAAGGACCUCGAGACAUUGUUUUCAAGGACGUGGAGCUUCGAUACCCCCAACGCCCCCAAUACGCAGCCAUCAAAAACCUGAACCUUGUCAUUCCCGAAAAGACCACAGUUGCAUUUUGUGGCACAUCGGGAAGUGGUAAGAGCUCUACGCUUGGCCUGCUACAGCGCUUUUAUGAACCAUGUCACGGGUCCAUCACCUAUGGUGGCCUAGACCUGCGCUCUAUACCCUUACAUCUGUGGCGUUCUGAGAUGGCCUAUGUGUCCCAAGAGCCUGUCCUUUACGAAGGUACACUUCGAUGGAAUCUACUGCUUGGCGCUGUGAAUUCGGAAUUGGUGACCGAGGCCGAUAUUGAAUAUGCCUGUCGCCAAGCUUGCGUAUGGGACUUUGCGAUGGGUCUCCCUAAUGGUCUUGAUACAGAAGUCGGAAAUAAGGGCUCUUCUCUUAGUGGCGGCCAAUGUCAGCGCGUAUGCAUUGCUCGGGCGCUCAUUCGCAAGCCUCACAUCCUGCUUUUCGAUGAAGCCACGUCGGCCUUGGACGCCGAAUCUGAGGUGCUUGUUCAGCGUGCCCUUGAUAAUGCUGCUUCUCAAUGCACCACGAUUACCAUUGCACAUCGUCUGUCUACUAUUCGUCGCUCGAAUAUGAUUUGUGUCGUGGAGGAUGGCGAAAUUGUUGAACGAGGGUCGCAUGAGUCACUGUUGGCGCAGCGUGGUCGGUACUUUGACCUUGUGGAAGCGCAGCUUUAA